AUGGGUGGUAUGAUGUCUGAGCUGUCUAUGCGAUUCAGAGACCUCUUCUUGAACCUGAAGCAACGCGAAAACCCAGACAUUCGUAUGGCCGCUCUUCGCGAGCUGUCCAUUCUGAUUAUAAUGUCUACAGAGGACAUGUUUUCCUCUGGGUUUUCGUCGGACCAGAUUGUGCGUGAACUGGUCGACAUCAUGUCUAGUCCCAUCUACGGUGAAGACGACCCCGAGUCGGUCUCGAUCGCUUGUCGUUGCCUGGCAAACUUUAUGGACUCAUUGCCACAGACCACAAGAAUUGUUGCCUACAGCGGAGCUGUUCCGGUUCUGUGUCAAAAGUUACUAGAGGUUGACUAUAUCGACUUGGCCGAGCAGGCCUUGAACACCCUCAAAGUAAUCUCAGCGGACUACCCGAUCAUCGUGGCUCGGGAAGGCGGUCUCGCAGGUUGCCUCAUGUUUUUGGACUUCUUCGCUACAAGCGUGCAACGCACAGCAGUGACAAUAGCGGCAAACUGCAGUCGAAACAUUCCAGUGAGCUGCUUCCCCACAGUCCGCGAUGUUAUGCCGACCCUCCUCAAUGUUCUGAUGGGCACCGAUCAAAAAGUCGUGGAGCAAGGUUGUCUGAGUGUAGCCCGUCUUAUCGAAAGUUUCAGACAUCACCCUACUGAGCUCGAAGAACUCGUGAGCUCGGACUUGCUGCAGAAGAUGAUGGACAUGAUGAUCCCCGGACCCAGCAACGUCGUCGGCCCAUCUGCUGUCUCGUACUUCCUGAAAGCACUCUCGUUCUGUGCAAAGGCAUCACCAGAGCUUUCCGCAACUAUGCUAAAGAUGGGAGCGGUCGACAUCUUGUACCAGAUUCUUACCGGUGUUUCUGCGCCUGCCGAGUCCCAGCCUGAUGACCAAGCUAGCAGUAUUUUCGUCAUGCAGGCGGUUAUUCACUGCCCCAAGGAUCAGAUAUUAGCAACUUUGAACGUAAUCUGUGAGCUGCUUCCCGGUAUCCAGAAAGAGGAUCUAGCCGAGAGUCCGACGUAUAUGGAGACAAUGGACAUGCUGAAUUUCGGUACACCGGAAGCUAACGCAAAGAGAGCCGAGAUUCUUAAAACUUGCCAGCCACAAGUGCGGCGGUUUGUCAAGAUCUUCUUGCCUGUCUUGCUGGAUGUGUACUCCUGCACUGCUGAUUUGAAUGUCAGACAGAAGGUUGUUACCGCGUUUCUUCGAAUGUUUUUGAACAUCGACGGCGAUAUUCUGUAUGAGGGCCUGAAGACGAUCCAGUUCUCUUCUCUUCUGGCGUCGAUCAUUGCUCAGAAAGAGCAGCCAAGCAUCGUCGUGGCCGGUCUUCUCAUCGCGGACGUUCUUCGCCGACGGUUCCCUAAUAUAUAUGAGACUCAUUUCGAGCGAGAGGGAGUCAUGGCCGAGAUCGAGCGAUUGGCAGAGAACGGCCCGGGGAGUAAUGCGGGAAUGCCGGAAGCCGACGCUGACGAAGGCACUGACUGCGGCAGUGAGAUCGCAAUUGAGGAGCGCUAUGAUGACGAGGAGACCGAUUAUGGCCAUGAAGACGAGGAUGAGCGUAUGCGCGAUGACGAUAACGAGGGCGAAGACGAAGACGGUGAUGAGGACGAGGACGAGGAGGAAGAAGAUGGAGAAGAAGAGGAAGAAAAGUCCAAGUUCUCGUCCAUGCGCAACCGCUACUCCUCAUCUGACCUCCACUACCGGUCCUCGCUCGAGAGCUGGAUCUCCACUUUUGCGCAGAAAUUCCUUGAAAAAUACAGGCCGCCAGAAUCGAGGUCGGGCGCUGAUGCCGAGUCUGGGUUGAAUGAGUUACGCAUGUUUUCCAGCAAGCUGGUAGCAGGGCAGGAUCUUGCCGGAUGGCUUGGCGAGCUCGCUACUCAUUUCAAUACAGAGGCCUUGACGAGCAUUUCGAGUUAUGAGCUCGUGCACUCUGGGAUCGUGAAGGCUCUAUUGUCUUUACUGACCGAGGGCGCUACUGAAGAAGAAAAGCUGGCCUCCAGAAAAGAGUUUAUGAAGGCGUUCAUGAAGUCAGAUGGAAGCUCGAUUUCGCCAUUCGCCGUACUGAUCAGCAAGCUUCAGGAGUCUUUAAUGAGACUGGAGAAGUUCGAGGUCGUUACGGCUGGUAUUCCUGAUGCGAAUGAGAACCCGAUCGAGGUAAUGUCAGGACCUGUCCGCCUGAGACUCAGCAGCGACGAUGCCGACGGAGAAGGCGCCGAAAUGAUCGUCUCUAUCCCCGCGAUCUCCACGGUGAAGACUCUAGAUGACUAUCUCCGAGUUCGCAUUGGCGACAGGGCGACCGGAACGCCUACGGGUCGGUUCAAGUCUGGUUCGAGUCUGCUCAACAGCUCGUUUCCCUCUUUUGCGUCGUUUGCGGCCUCUGCAAACAACUCUUCACGCGAAGAAGGCAAUGGUCAGCAGAAAGGUGACGACAGUGAUGAGGCGGGUGAAGGAUCUUCGACGACGACCGCAAAAGCAGAGGCUUCUUCGUCAGCUAAUGAAUCUAACAAAGACAAGGCUGAUGCAGAGGACGGUAAAAACUCGUGGGAGGCGAGCGAGUCAGUUGUUAAUCGUCUUGAAGGUUAUAUGACCACCAAUGAAUCCAAUACUGCAGAGGAGAGUGACUCGGCCGCAACGCCCGCUGCCGAAUCCGGAAACGGUACCCCGACUGAAUCGCCUGUUGCAGCGCAGAUCAGACCUAGACGCGCUAGUCUUUCCCUAGAUCGCUUGUUACGAGCUACGGGCACGCUGACGCCGAAGCAGUCGUACUCAUCGGCGUUGCAAUCGGCUCCUCGGGACUGGCAUGUGGAGUUUAAGAGCAAUGGCAAGAUCAUACCACACGACAUGACGGUCGUUGCCGCGCUUCACAAAUAUGCAGGAACCUCUGUGUUUGCGAGGGGUUCUUUAGACAUUCCACAUACUCUAAAGUACUCCAAAGCCGCGGGUCCCGCACCGGUUUCGGAGUCGAACGCGCUGCAGUAUGGCGAGCAAUUCAAAGAUGUGCCCGAGUCGCUGAAAGAGGACGAGGCUACGUUUACAGUGUUGCAGUUGCUUCGAAUCCUUCAUAAGCUUAAUGCAAGCGUGAAGGAGUUGUUUGCUGAAGACGCCGAAGGGGCGCAUCUGUCGCCGGUACCGACUACGCAGUUCAUCAACAGUAAACUGACGUCGAAGCUCAACCGACAACUCGAGGAGGCGGUGAUAGUUGCGAGCUCGUGCGUUCCAUACUGGGGUCGCGACUUGACGAGACACUAUCCGUUCCUGUUUCCGUUUGAGACUCGUCGGCUGUUUUUACAGUCUACAUCGUUUGGCCAUUACCGGUUUUUGAACAAGUGGCAAGCACGAAAUGGAAGGCUCGGUCGGCGCGAUAGUAGUUCGAGCUACAACAGCCGUUCUAGAGGCCCGAUUCUGCGGAACAUGCGUCAGAAAGUACGAAUUUCGAGAUCGCAGAUUUUGCUGAGCGCGAUCCGGGUGAUGGAGCUGUAUGGAUCUUCGCAGAAUGUUCUUGAAGUGGAAUAUUUUGAUGAGGUCGGUACGGGACUUGGCCCGACUCUUGAGUUUUACGCUACGGUGUCACGCGAGUUUGCAAAGAAGAAACUGGGGAUGUGGCGAGAGAACGAGUCUGAUCCGGAGAGUGAGUUUGCGUUUGGAAAACAUGGACUGUAUGCCCGGCCUCUAAGCGAGGAAUACUUGAAAACCGAAGAAGGCAAGAAAACGUUGCAGAUGUUUAAAGUAUUGGGACAGUUUGUUGGACGAGCGUUGAUCGAUUCGCGAUUGUUGGAUAUCAAAUUCAACUCGACAUUCUUUGCGGCGCGGCAGGAGUCAGUUGUUCCGUCGAUUGCAGUAAUGAACGCAGUCGAUGGGCAGCUGGCGAGUUCGCUUAAGCUUCUGGAGAAGUUUGCUGAAGCACGGGCGAAGGUGAUGAGCGAUAAGGCGACGACCGAGGAGGAGAAGCGCGAGAUUCUUCGGGAGUACAAGAUUGACAAUGUGUCGGUUGAGGACUUGACGCUUGACUUCACGUUGCCUGGAUACCCAGAGUACGAGCUUGUUGAAGGCGGGAUGGAUAAGUACGUGACGAUGGAGACGGUUGAUGAGUACGUCAAGCUCGUGCUGGAUGCGACUUUGGGAUCAGGAGUGGAGAAGCAGAUCAAUGCGUUCCGCGAAGGGUUCUCGACUGUGUUUUCGUUUGCGGCGAUGAGUUCGUUUACUCCGGAGGAGCUCGUGAUUUUGUGCGGACAGGUCGAGGAGGAUUGGUCUUUACAGACGCUGUGUGAUUCGGUUAAGGCAGAUCACGGGUUUACGAUGAGCAGCAAGACGGUACAGAACCUGCUAGAGAUCAUGGCCGAGUUCACGGUCGACGAGCGACGAGCAUUCUUGCAGUUUGUUACAGGCAGUCCUAAUCUUCCGAUUGGUGGAUUCAAAGCGUUGCUGCCGACGUUUACGAUUGUGAAUAAGCCGAGCGAGCCGCCGUUUUCUCCAGACGACUAUUUGCCCAGCGUGAUGACGUGCGUGAACUACUUGAAGAUGCCAAACUAUAGCACAAAGGAGAAGCUUCGGGAACGGGUGAUGAAAGCGGUGGAGGAAGGCUCAGGCGCGUUCCUGUUGUCGUGA